GCGCUCAAUCUCAUUCUCUGUUAUCUGGCUCUCUCCCACACUGGUCUCGACUCUCUAUUCAAGUGACGGCUGAAGCAACAGCAACGACCGACGGUCCCAACACCCACCGACCAUCGUGACCGCCCAGAAGAAAAGAGCAGCCAACGGUCCAACAGUCCAACAUCCCUUCUCCCCCUUCAAACCCGAGUCCCUCUUCCCCCUCAACGGUACAAAAUUUCUCCCUUCUCUUCGUCAGUAAUCACCGAAGGCAGGAAACCAAGAGGAUUUGGUUGGGCAACUACUUGAGUUCACACCCUGAAGUUUCCCCUUUAUUGUGGAUUCAAAGUUGGCGUGACAUAGGUCCUCUCUGCUCUGCAAUCAGAUACAAUUCGAGCUACACUCAGCCAUGCCACGAUACUACUGUGAUUAUUGUGACACGUACUUGACCCACGAUUCCCCAUCUGUAAGAAAGCAGCACAAUGCAGGUUACAAGCACAAGAACAAUGUUCGGACAUACUAUCAACAAUUCGAGGAGCAACAAACCCAAAGCUUGAUCGACCAAAGGAUUAAGGAACAUCUUGGGCAAGCUGCAGCAUUCCAGCAGGUUGGUGCUGCUUACAAUCAACAUCUAAUGGGUCAAAGGCCCCGCCUUCCGGUUCUACCUACACCCGUAAUGUCACAGAUACCUGGAAGUUCACCAUUACUCCUAGGGAUUAGGCCUCCUGUUUUACCAAGACCAAUGGCCGGACCUCCAGGGUAUAUGUCUGCUCCGACAAUGGCACCUAUGAUGGUUCCACCUGGUGCUCCUUCCUUACCUGGUCAAUUGAAUGCUAUUCCAAGGCCUCCUAUGAGUGCACCCACAACAGUUCCUGGAAGCACAGCAGCAGCCACUCCCAAUGGUGCCCCACGUAUGGUUGCACCGCCAUUGUAUCAAGCCAGUCCAGUGCCAUCAACAAGUGGGGGCUAUGAUCUCAAUGCCAAUGCCCAAGCUACUGAGGCUAAUCAUUAGCUUUGAGAAACUGCUGAAGUACAGGAGGAAGAGGGAGAGGAAGGAUGGGGAGAGGGAGAGGAGUGGGAAGGUGAUGGAUAUUUUAAUUAAUAAAAUGUUCUUUAAGAGCUUGUCACCUGGUGCUAAAUGUAGAGAAUAGUUGUGGAAUCUGAUUUUUGUAAACAUUAUAUAUAAUGGAUUCAUUUCUAGUUGUGGCUACUGGAGAAGUUGUGCUUGUCCAGAAUUAUUAUCUAAUUUGAGCUGCUCUUAUUCUGUAGCAGAGAUUGUUGCUUGAAAUAUGUAUUUUGGAAAAACAAUUUACAACCAAGUGGUGGUUGAAGGAUGAGACAAAUAUUUUGACAAAUUCUAUUGUAGUUUUCUUUGGCUCUA